AUGAAUAAGCAAAACGUUAAGCGAACAGCAACUGUUCACCAAUACUAUUCGAUUCUUGCAAGCAGAGAUUCUACAGGUUUCAGUUUCUCAAAUCCCACAACCUUUGUUGAACCAGAAGCCACAACAAGAUGCACAACACGUUGUGAUCAACAAAUUCAAACAACCCAAUCCUCUUCACCAACACUGCUAACCCACACCAUACCACUCACUCAUCAUAAUCGUUUCUAUUCGAAAUCAACAACAAACACCACAGGAAUGAGUCAAGAUGAAAUUCGAAAGCUCUAUGAUAAGGCAUGGGAAUGGUUCAAAGAGCCAAUUUCAAUCCAACCCAAUCAAAAUACAAUCAAAAAGUGA